CUUAUAUAUGUUCUUUCUAUAAGGUUAUAAUAUAUAUAUAUAUAUAUAUUAUCCAAAAUGACCAUGUUUUGUUCCUCUUUUUCAAAAAUACAUCCCAAAGAUUAUCAAAAUACUACAUUAUGUAUAUACUUGAUUCUCUGUUUCAUGGUGGUAGAUUGUCUGGCGGCACCAGUUGUCGUAGAAAAUAUUUUGUCUCCCACAGAGAUUGCAGCCAUCACCAUGAUGAGAACAUUCUUUUUAUCAUACCUGGCUCACGCCAAAACAGUACGACCAGAUUCUACUACAAUACGAGCAGCAACAUUCUACAAACGUGUAUCAGCUUUGGCAUUUCCUACAAGCGGUAUAUACGAUGCUGUUGGUUCGAUGAUCAGAGUGUUUUAUGGAGACAAAAUACUUGGAAUCGAAUCAUUUAACAGAUUUUUAAAGAAGAAGAUGGUAUCGCGAAACGUUUUUGACUAUCGACACCAGCCAUAUGUCUGCUCGGAAAUCUCAAUUGACACACCUACCCUCAAGAAAGAUUUUCAAUAUAAUUCACACGAAGAGCAUUCAAACACCACUCCAUAUAUAUCUUAUCUGGCUAAAGAUCCAUCGAAACAGUGGGUCGACCAAUACAGAGAAACGCUAGCGGAAUUUAACAGCAAGAAAAAUGACAAUGCGCCAUUUCUUGCAGCGCUAUUGCAUUCAAUAGGCCCACUGAGGGCUCGGAAAGUAAGACACUGUAUUCUUAACGGAGGUGUAUUCAUUGGAUAUAAUGAAUACAACGGUACAAACUGCAUGAGACGGUAUCGUCUCACGUCUAAAGACAUGAUAUUGGCUGGAUCAGGAGCAAUGUGCAGAUAUCAAGUCCCAGUUUGUUCGAGCGCUGUUAGAUAUUUACCAGUUGAUAUGAUCAAUGAGCUUCAGGCAGCAUCUUUCAUUGACAGUACCUCAUAUUUCCAAGUUAUGAUCACUCUCUUCCAGCUGGGAUACACACUUUAUGAAUGUAUACGAGGUAUCGGUAACCGAUGGUCAAAAAUUGUUAUGAUUGUCUUCACGAUAAUGUCAGUGUUCCAGACCAUGUCUUUGAUGGUACUACAUACUCAGGUAGCAGCGUUUAGCAUUCGGUGCAAGAAUGAAGAAAAGUUUCCCGAGUGUCCUCUCAUUCAUGACUCCAGGUGCAAAGCUGGGAAAGCUAAGAAUUGCUCAAAAGAUGCACCACCAGAUACACCAACAGAUACAUCCACGGAUCUCUUAAAAAGUACCUCGUUUGCCCAUAAAUUUACAUUCAUCAGCUCGCUCAUGGAGAGAAAUUGGGUUUUCUGUCCGUCCGAGGACACUGAUCUCAACCGAGUAAGACGAAAUGCUGCGCAUGAUGUCAUGUCCAAGAGUGGUGUGUCACCGGCCAUGAUCAAUGAAUUAUUUGGAGACGAAAAGGCAGAUCUUGUUGAUAUAUCAUCCCAUCCUGGUGGUUGGUGGGAAAUAGUGUCCUUCAUGCUAGGUUCAGCUUCUCCGUUUCUGCUAGGUAUCUGGGCAGGUUAUGGAGCUUCAGCAACUGUUAUGUCUUCAACAAUAGGUUGGAUUAGCAUCUCGUUUGGAUAUUCAUAUACUUUCAUUCGAACGUUUUAUCCGACUUACUUUAUCAACUUUCGGUUCAAAGAUCUCCAAACAUCGCUGGUUGUUCUUUCUUAUGCUUUAAUGUCGAGUUUUGGAAUAGCAUACAUUAUCCAAAUAACAAUCAAAGGAUAUCUUUUUUCUGACGAUGACGGAUAAACCAAAGUAAAUCAUAAAAGAAACUUUCAAUAAAACUUAAAAAUAC